AAAUGUGCCUGCUUCGUUCAUCUACCUCCUUCCUUUCUUGAUUUUUUUUAUUUUUAUUAUUCUAGGUCUUCAGUUUCUUUCUUUCUUUUUUAUCAUUUUUUUGGGGGGUUUGAAUAAUGGGAGCUAGGGUUUGCCAAAGGCGGAUCGCGAUGCUCUUGCCGCUCGUUAUAAUUUUAUUAAAGACUUCAAUUUCUGCCUCCGCCUUUGACGCUACCGCCGCCGACCUCAGUAGGAGCAUUAGUAGAAGCAAGGAGGUUUUGAUGUGUUCGCGAGAAUCCCUUUUAGAUUCGAUCUUUCAAUUUCUAGAUCAAACCUGCACCGCUACUUCUGAUUCUCCUAGUUUCUUUGGUGUUACAGAGGGUGACGAGGUUUCACUACAAAAGGCGUUGAAUUUGGUUCAUAAAAACAGUCAUACAUAUGUAGCUGUGCUCUUCUACGCAGCGUGGUGUCCUUUCUCUAGGAACUUUAGGCCAAGCUUUUCCCUGCUUUCUUCUUUCUAUCCUUCUGUCGCUCAUUUCGCAAUUGAAGAAUCGUCCAUCAUGCCGAGCAUACUCUCGAAGUAUGGAGUUCAUGGAUUUCCGACUCUUUUCAUUUUAAAUUCUACAAUGCGGGAACGCUAUCAAGGUUCUCGGAAUCUGGGCUCCCUUGUUGCUUUUUAUGCAGAUGUUACUGGUAUUAAAACUGAAUCAUUGAAUAAGGUACCCCUUGACAAAAUUAUUCAUCAGUCAAAUCACGAGAAACAUGACAAUUAUGAUCAUGAAAGCUGUUCAUUUUCAUGGGCAAGAUCUCCAGAGAAUUUGUUUAGGCAGGAGACAUAUUUGGCUCUGGCAACAACAUUUGUGCUUGUAAGAUUGAUUUAUUUGUUUUUCCCUACACUGCUUGCAUUGGCUCAAUUUGCUUGGAGACGGCAAAUUUGUAACUUGAGAGUGGGGAGCUUUUUGGAGCAUCCUCGAGCAUAUCUAAACGGAAUAAUGCAGAUUUUCAAUUCUCUCAAGGAGCCUUGCAAGAAGCGUAAUUUGCAAGAAGGAGCAAUGAAUGCUAGAGCAUGGGCUUCCAAGUCACUUGCUACAGUUUCAAUAGGCGAUGCAAGCAAUAGUAGGGGUUCACCGAUAAGUGAAUGUCGCUGA